CCAAAAGCCUGCAAGCAACCCAUAUCCGAACAGCCAACAGUCCAUAUCCAACAACAACAACAACAACAGGACAUCCACAACAACGACGAACACACCACACCAGCACAACAAAACCAACGCCUCCUCCCUCCUUUUGUUGUCUCUUUGCCAGCCAUGGCGCUGCGGAGCUUCUGGUAUGCGGAGUGGUGCCUUGCGUGCGACUGCAUGGGCCGGUACAUGUGCGGGUGCUGGCUGCGAUGGAUGCUGGGGCUGCGGCCAACGUAUCCGACGGAUCCGUGGUACAGCACGUCGACCAUCACCUUCCAAGUGCCGCAGAUCAAGCGCGACUACGAGGGGCCGGACCGCCGCCUGUCGCCGGAGUUUGUGAAGGACCGCAUCGUGGAGGAAGGCGGCCAGCUGUACGCGUGCUGCCCCGGGAUGAUCGACGUGUGCGCGACAUACAACAUUGUGCGUGAGGUGGACGCCAUGACGCACACGGGCGUCGUUGCUGUCACCGUCAUUGCCGGGCAAGAGGAGAAGGUGCGAGAAGCCAUUCGCGGCCUCACAGACCGAACCGGAAACCCCAUUCACGCUUACGAGGACCUCUCUGCAGCACACAAAUAAUGUAACAUAACAUAACGAGACGAAGGUGUUGAAAAAACAGAGAGCGGGGGAGGGUGGAGGAGACUGAGGUGAGUGUGUGAGUGAGUGUGUGAGUGAGUGUGUGUGUGUGUGCGUGUGUGCGUGUGUGGUGACGGUGUAAUGUGUAACAUGUAAAGGGUGAAGUAUUAGACGCUACACGAUGUAUUUGUGGCGCCACAACAUGCUGUGUUCAAGGUGUAUACAAGCUUUCCCUUGCCCAUUUGGUGGUUUACUUGCUGUGUGCUCAUUGGUCGGUAUCACACGGCAUACGCUGGUCGUACGAGAAUACACACCACGUGCAAGCC